UCCUCCCUGGCUGUGGAGGCUUCUUUCUCCUCCCUUUGUGUUUCUUUGAGUGAGAGGAGAAGUUUCCAGAAGCUUCUGGGUCAUGGCGGCAUCGCCUAUCCUGCAGUUGUGCGAGUGAGGGAAGUUUCAAAGCUAUGGUUAUUCUGUUUUGUUGCUGAGUAUUAUUUUGGAAAUUUUUGUUGUAUUGAGAGAGAUCAAAGGAUUGGCGGCUGCCCUUGAAGAGGAACUUCUGUGAGAGGAUUGACGUUGUAUUGAGAGAGAUCAAAGGAUUGGCGGCUGCCCUUGAAGAGGAGCUUCUGUGAGAGGAUUGACAAGAAAAUGAUGAGGUGAGUUGGAUAACUGUGUGUAGAAAAGGUGGAAGUUACAAGACAACAAUGAGGUUCAAUCCCAGAGAACGAAGCAAGAGAUAAAUAACAGAACACAGCCACAGGUUCAGUUAAAGCAACAAGCAGCAAGACAAUGCGUCAGUUAAAAGAUUGCUUCAGAAAAUGGACAAGCCAGCAAAAGCGGAUUCUAGACCCUGGAGGCAACAUUGCACUGACAUGGAACCGUAUCUUCCUCGUCUCUUGUGUGGCUUCUUACUGCGUUGAUCCUCUCUUCUUCUUCUUGCUAACAGUUGACGGCACAAACCCCUGCAUGAGAAUAGACCGCCAUUUGGCCAUCGUACUCACUUAUCUCCGGACUAUUGUUGACAUGUUCUUCAUAGUAACUAUUGCCACAAGACUUUGCACUGCAUAUGUUGAUCCAGUCUCCAAAGUGCUUGGCAAAGGUGAACUAGUCACAGAUCCUAAAAGGAUUGCACACACAUACAUCAGAACAAACUUCUUCAUUGACCUAGUAGCUGCAUUGCCUGUUCCACAAAUACUUGUGUGGGCAGUCCUGCCAUCUCUGAGCUUCAAAUAUAUUGGUGCCCCAUUGUUUCUGAUAAUCUUGGUCCAAUCUGCAGUCAGAUUAUACAUCAUAAUUCAGCUCAGCAUAAGCAUUAUCAAGACAGUGGGCUAUAUCACUAAAAAUGGGUGGGAUGGAACUAUCUACAACCUAUUUCUGUAUUUGGUCGCCAGUCAUGUUGUCGGAUCAAUAUACUAUCUACUUGCAGUUGAUCGGCAGAAGACAUGCUGGGAAACACAAUGCUCUGUCGAGGACCGGAUUAUGAAUAAAACACCAUGUGAUUUCAAGUUUCUUGACUGCCGAUAUUCCACAUCAAGUGAAAGUCACAAUUGGGCACAGAGCACAAAUGUCUUUACAAAAUGCAACGUUGACAGUAAUAGUAUCAGUAUCAACUAUGGGAUAUUCAGCCAAGCAAUGAAAAAUGGUGUGGCCACAACAUCAUUUCUUGAGAAAUAUUUCUACUCCCUGUGGUGGGGACUCCAACAGCUAACCACGUAUGGCAAUCCUUUAGUGACAAGUUCCUUCAUUGGAGAAAACCUAUUUGCCAUAGGGCUAACCCUUCUCAGCAUUGGUUUGUUUGCUCAGCUAAUAGGAAACAUGAUGACAUACAUGAGAUCCCGUUCUACAAACGCCGAAGAUUGGAGAAUACAAAAGGCAGAAACGGAGGAUUGGAUGACAGAUCAUCAAAUACCUGAUGAUUUGCGGAUUCGCAUCUCCCGGUUCUUGGAAUGCAAAUGGAUUGCAACACAGGGAAUUGAAGAGGACUCGAUACUCAAACAGCUACCUGUUGAUCUUCGUCAAGACAUAAAACAGUACCUAUGCCUUGAUCUUGUUCAACGCGUGCCACUCUUCUCUGUAAUGGACCAGCAACUACUCAACGCUAUUUGUGAGCGUAUGACCUACUUCCUUCGUACUGAGGGCACUUAUAUUAUUCGUGAGGGAGACCCCGUCAAGGUGAUGCUAUUUAUAAUCCGUGGGAAGCUAGAGAGCUCCACGACAGAUGGUGGCAGGACGGGCUUCUUCAACUCCAUCAUCCUAAAGCCAGGUGAUUUCUGCGGUGAGGAGUUGCUCACAUGGGCAUUGCUUCCCAGAUCUAGUGAAAGCUACCCAUCAUCAACAAGAACUGUAAGAACAAUCGCCGAGUUUGAGGCAUUCUCCCUGCAGGCAGAUGACAUCAAGUUUGUGGCCAGCACAUUCAGAAUGAUGCAUUCCAAAAAUCUGCAGCACAUUCUCCGGUUCUACUCGAACCAGUGGAGAACAUGGGCAGCCUGCUUCAUCCAGUCUGCAUGGAGGAGGCACAGGAACCGGCAGAAGAUAGCAGAAGGAGGCUUGAGCAGCAGGUGGAAAUCAUUUUUCUCAUUGAUCGAUAACCAUGCCAACGAAGCGAGGCAUCAGAAUAACGAUGGUUCUUCCAGCUCUACGCCACAGGGAGCAGAGUUUCCUUUCUCAAAGAUUGCCACGAUCUUCUUAAAAGCGCAGAAGGACCGGCCUAUGGAGUCUGAUUUCUCCAUGGAUGAUCACUCAGAGUAGCAUAUAAUAUGCACUGAUGUAAAUAAAUUAAGUUACAAAUAGUGAGUUUUUUAAUUUAACAAAGAUGAGCCAUUACUUUUUUAGUAUUUUUUAAUUACUUGGGCACAACAUUCUGGGGCUGCUGCUAAAUAGACAGGGAGGUGGUACUACAGAGUUUCAGCACAUGAUAUGAGUCAUUUGAUCCUAUUGAUCCUUCUACCUCCGGUUGCUUA